CAAAUUGUAAAGUUCCAGGGCAUAAGCAACAUGUGGCCAGAAAGUUUAACAGCAGAAAUUUUGGGUGCAUGUAUCUGUGGAGGAUGCAGUUACCUCCUCUUCAGGAGCUACCACAGUCAAGUGUCUCUCACUGAGAGACUGAAGGCUGCUCCUGAUUUUCGAUCAAGCAACAUAGUCAAUCAGACAGGCCAGGUUAUGAUGGCCGGCACUACUGGCUUCCUCUAUGGCACAGUUAAACCUGCUUCUGGACUAACCAUCAGAGCUGACUCUAGCAGUAAAAGUCAGCAGAAAGUCACUGGUGUCUUCUCUAGAAGAACUGUUUCUGAAAUGAUGAUGACACAAAUAUUUGGUCUGUGGUCCACAAAUGAACGUAUUGUUAAUGUAGAGCAUGAAGCUGUUCCUUUUCUUAUUGUGGAUGGCAACCUACAAGUACAGAUCAGUGAACCCCUCAGACUGGAGAGCGUGCCUCUGCAAGUUGUUGCAGAAUCCUAUGAGCCUUCCAAUGCGAGCUUUUUUUCAUCACUUAUUUCAGUGAUUCAAGGCUAUCAUCUGACCGGUGUCAAACACACUCAGGAGAUGCUGGUGUCGGACACGGAGGUGGUAGGGCUUGGGCGGCUGGUGCUCAAGUCGUCUGGCUUUCACCUCGAGCCUGACUCAUCACUGCCCUUCCUGGUGUCUGCUCAUGGUAGAGAGAGCAUUAUCCAGUCUUACGAGAUGUGGAUCCCGUACCUCAAGAUUGGCUCUUGGAUAUUUGGAUUGGCGUCCGCAGCGUUUGUAGGCAGGCUGGUGUACCGACGGGUGCGUCGCUGGGUCGAGGACUGGCGCAAGCGCGACGAAGAGCGCGCAUACAACGUCGCCCUGCGCGCCGCUGAAGGCGCUGCGGCAGAGGAUCUGCCAGCUAAGCUCAGCUGCAUCACGUGCUUUGGGCUACGUAACGCCGUACUCGUGCCUUGCUCCCACGUGCUCGUGUGCCUUAAUUGCGUGAAGCAGCUUAAGGGGCAGUGCCCGACAUGUCGUGCUGACAUACGCUCUGUACAGCCGCUCAUUUUUUCUUGAUUCAUGAUACCCGUAAAUUAUUGGCUACUGAUAUUGAUCAGCAUAAGAGUUGAUUUAAAUGACGUUUCAUUUUACUUUAUUUUUAGACUACGGCGAUUGUAAACAUUUUUUAUAAUAAAUAUGCGUUUAGACUUGAUUAAAAUUUUAUUACUGCCAGAAUUUAAAGAUUGUAUAUGUGUAAAAAGUUCCUGCUCUUUCCCAGUAUACAGAGAUUAUAUAUUAUGUAAGUAAGGUAAAUGAGAGGUGUUCCAUCGAUUGGUUCAUUUCUGUAGUAACGUAUUCAUCCAAUACAGAAAUACGCUUUUGUUUGGGAUGAAUGCUUAUAUGUUCUGAGGUCGAAUAGAGUUAAUCAUAAACGAUUCUAUGUCAGAAUUACAGGUUGAUUUGUGAUCAGGCAUAGCGUUGUAAUUAGUCACUGUACGCAUGAUUGCUAUAAAUCUGUAUAAUUAAAUGAUUAGUUCGACGUACUUGCGCGCUCAAUGCCCAUGCAAUGUUCUUGUCGUGUGGAACUAUUGUUUCAGCCAAGGCAUUUUAUAAAGAAUUGUUCCUCGAUAGCGUUUAUAAUCUCCGAUAUUCUUCCGUGUGUUUGCUUGCUAAAAUAUUCUUUUAACAUGGUCACAUGCGAUGCUUUUUGAAGCGAUCCGUAUUCAUGGUUUCGUUGUUCUGUUUUUGAAGGUUUUGAAGUACGAGUGGUUCUUUGUAACGAAACAAAGACUGAAUACAUUGCUUGUGGACAAAGCCGGGAUAAUUUCUUCUGUUAGUUGACUCGUUUUUUCUUUGUCUCCUAUUCACAGGCAUCACCUGAUUGUUGACGCGUUGUAGCUGUCAAGAGAUGUCCCUUUAUUAGUACCUAUGUAAACUCUAAGUCUCUUUUCGCCAAUUCACUUAAUCACGUAUUCAGGCUUAGGCUUAGGCUUGUGUGAUAACUUAUUAACAUUACUGAAUAAUCUCUGAUGAGAUUCUGUGUCUCGGUUAUUGUUUUUCACUUUUUUCAUUUUUUAUCCUUAUUGUAACGCUGUCUCAAUUGUUGCUAUAUUGAGAGAAUUUCAUAUUUGUGUAUGGUAAGAGAGACGUUAAUCUUGAAGCGAAGAUACUUGUCUUUUACAGCAUGUAUCUUGCAUUGAAGAAAAGGAAAACAUUGUACACAAAGAAAAGUUUGAAGAGAUAACAUUCUACACUAUGAGAUAGCAUUGUACACUAUGCGUAUGAAAUAGCAUGUCUCAGUAAUGACCAUCUAUGCUUUUUAAGAAGCCCGAACGUCAUUUGUUAGAUUUUAUUGCAUUGAGCCGUGUGCUGACGUAGCUUCUUACUACUACGUUUAUAUACGCAUUUGAUUUCAUUUCAGUUACAUUAUGAUUAGAUGAAUAGCAAGCAGCUUGAUGGGACAGGUCACACCUGAAUGACCUGAUGCUCAUUGAUCAAUUAAAGACACCAAAAUCUGCCAGUU